AUGAAGCUUUACCUAAAUGAACGUCCACGGGCAUUCAUAGUCGUGUCUGGGAAUAUGGCAUUGGUGCUUCGACAUCCCUUCCCAAAAUACGUGAACAAAUCAUAUCGCAAUCAACGUGAUAACACUCCAGCUGACCCCAAUCACAUUGACUCCAACGUAUCGAAGGUAAUUGUCGAGUUCGUCAAUCGAGAGUUCAUUGAUCUUUCCAAAUAUAAGGAUAUUACUCCCCGAAAUGGUAAGCUCCUUGGGUUCUUGGGUUUGUUGAACAUUAAGAAGCAUGUGUUCAUUGGGUUCAUCACUCAGGAGAAGUUUGUUGCACUGCCAGUUCUUGAUGAACACGUCAAUCAAAUCCAAGGGGUGGAGUUCUUUUGCCUCAAUUCAGAUGCCUUUGACCACGAAAACUUCAAUAUGAUUCAUCAAGAUGAAUUCGGACAACCCAUACAACCCCAAUACCGAGACAAGGCUGGGAGUGUACGAAAGUUGCUCAGUGAUGGCUCAUUCUACUAUUCCCGUCAGUUUGAUAUUACCCUGAAUUUACAAGAACGAGGUAUCGAUGCUAAACCAUCUUUCACACUAUACGCCGACACUGCUAAUUGCCGGAAUUUUUGGUGGAACAAAUUCAUGAAUCGCGAGCUUGUAGAGUUUCGCAACAAGUUAAGUUCGGACGAACAGCAUCUAUUCGACCUGCUAGGUUUUUUGGUGACCGUAACAAGGGGUUAUGCACGUUCACUCAAUACAGUGAUAGGUGAUCAGCAAGCUCUCAUCACAUUAAUAUCUAAACAGGGUUGCUCAAAGAAAGGUCCAAUUUUUGGUUCCUGGGGUUGUGAUGAUGAUGGCAAUGUUGCCAACUAUUUGGAGAGUGAAAUUAUUGUAUACACCGAGAAGUUCAUACUAGCAUGGGUUGUUAUCAGGGGGAAUGUGCCAUUAUUUUACCUGAUCGAAACAAGCACUAUGAAACGAAACUUGAUCACCACGCAGCGAAUCAAGAAACUCAACUUAGAUCGCCUGUUUGACGUUUGCCACCAUGCCUGUCUGCGUCACUUUGAAAAGUUGAGCAAUACUUUUGGAGAGGUUCACGUGCUCAAUGUUAUCUCCCCAAGUACGCAAAAGUCCUAUAAACUAGAAUUGCGUGAUGAAUUUAAACAACAUGUUGGGUACCUCAAUCACGAUAAACUUCGUGAGUUUGGUGCGGCCACAGAGUUGACUAAGCAAGGAUCAACAGACAUAGAGGUGGAUGCUCUUAAAACCCAUGCACCUUAUGUGGUGAAUUACACAGAAAUACCGGUGUCGUCUUCGAUUAUUCGAAAGUAUGGUUACUCAACAAGUACGCCUUUUGAGUUGGUUCCACUUUUUGAACGUGACAUGAUUGACUUUGGAGCCUUAUUCUAUAGUCAACCAUCACAAGAAUUCAUAGGGAAGCAAUUAGGUGUGUUUCGUGUGACUUCAUACAACUCCAUGGAUAAGUCGAACUUCGUGGAGAAGAUGCUAGGUCAAUCCGUCCUAGAACUCGCGUUUGAAGAUUUGGGUAUCACAAUUGAUCUGGACAUCUUGAUUAAACAUGCUCAGUUGUGGCAGGAACACAAUGAGUACAUCGACAAAAUUAUAACAAGUUUCUCGCUGGGAACGGACAAAAUUCAUCACCAGAGCCACAAACAUAUACUGUCCGUUAAGUCCCAUUUCAAGAAAAAGUUACCAAUAAGCACCAAGACAAUGAGCUCCAAUGAGUUAGCAAUGUUGAAACUAUUGGGGCGACUACAAGAACAAGUAACGGUUACAUUACAUAACCCGAUUCAUGACUAUGUUGACAAAGAAUUAAAAAGGUAUCAAUCGCGCUACAGUUAUUACAAGGAUAUCUAUUUGUUUUGCUCAACAUUUAAUGUCAAUGGGACAUGUUAUGAUGGACCACUUGAUGAAUGGUUAUUUCCACCCAAAUACCAUAUUGAUCGUAGCUACGAUAUCGUGUUCAUUGGUAUUCAGGAAAUCAUUGAAUUGAGUGCAGGUAAGAUGGUGAACGUGGAUGCUCGCAACAAAAGGUUCUGGGAAAAACACAUAAAGAAAACUCUUGACAAGUGCAAUCCUGAGAACUGCACAUAUGUGUCGCUUUGGUCGGGGCAAAUGGGUGGGAUUGCGUUGUUUCUUUUUGUCAAGAAUUCAGAAGUUAAAAACAUUCACAAUGUGGAGGGAUGUUUCAAGAAAACUGGUCUUGGAGGCAUGAGCGCAAAUAAAGGCGGCGUUGGCAUCUCCUUCAAUUUUUCGAACACACAUGUAUGCUUUGUGAGUGCACAUUUGGCUGCAGGACAUAGUAAUGUCGUUGAAAGACAUCACAACUAUAAGACAUUAGCAAAGGGGAUCCAAUUCUCAAAGAAUCGCAAAGUUCGAGAUCAUGACGUUGUUGUUUGGUUAGGAGACUUCAACUACAGAAUCAACUUGAGUAAUGAGGACACAAAGCGUCUCAUUAAAAAGAUGGAUUACUCUAAGUUGUUCGAGUUCGAUCAACUCAAUCAAGAAAUGGCCAAUGGUGAAAGUUUCCCAUUCUAUAACGAGAUGGAGAUAAAGUUUCCUCCCACAUAUAAAUUUGACAAUGGUACCAAUCGAUAUGAUACCAGUGAAAAAAAUCGGAUUCCAGCCUGGACGGAUAGAAUUGUGUCGCUUUCGAAAGAGUUGCGAGUAAAACAAUUGGCAUACGAUUGCGACCCCGAACUCAUGUUCAGUGAUCACAGACCUGUCUAUGCGUUGUUUAACCUUUCAGUCAAUGUCAUCAACGAAACGACAAAGAAAGCAAUUUACAAGGAGCUUCUCGACAGUUUCCGUCAAAAGCAUGGGGGUAUCGAAGACAUUUUGACUGAUACCAAUAUGAUGUAUCUUUUCGAGGACUCGUUACCUCCCCCUUCCUCUGAAAAAACGAAAUGGUGGCUUGAAGGACAUAAAGCCGUCAAGAUUGUUAUACCUGAGUUGCAAAAUCCUAACAUGGUGAUGAAUCCAUCGCACCCAAUUAACCCUUUCGAGGCUGCGGUAGAGCCGGAAUUUAUAGAUAAGUUUUUACUUUAA